AUGGCAGGCAGAGGAGACGCCUUGCUUUCUCCGGCGCAACUGAGCACCCUUCACAACCCCAAGAGUCUUAUAGCAUUUUGCGGGCUCGGUGGCCUUGCGGGCCUGGAGAGAGGGCUGCGAACAGACCUCCAGAGCGGCCUGAGUGGCCACGAGACAAAGCUUGCCGCGUCUCCCGCAGUCGCCGGGAAUGCUACCAUAACUCCCACCGAUGGCAAGGCUGAACAUCUGGUCGCGGGGAGCCAAUCUCUGUGGCUUGGAGGCUCCGCGACGGACGCCCUGUUUUCUGACCGGAAGCGCAUUUUCCUUGAUAACCAUGUGCCGACCAAAAAGCAGCCAAACAUCUUGCAGCUCCUGUGGGCGGCGUACAACGACCCCGUCCUCUUCCUCUUGACAGCUGCCGCUGCCGUGUCUCUCGCCAUCGGACUCUACCAGGCCCUAGGCACGGCUCACGCGCCGGGCAACCCACCCGUCGAGUGGGUGGAGGGCGUCGCCAUCCUCAUUGCCGUUGUGGUCAUUGUGCUUGUCGGAUCAAUCAACGACUGGGAGAAGCAGCGCCAGUUCCGGAAGCUCAACAAGAAGCAGCUGCAGAGGGACGUCAAGGUCAUUCGCUCAGGCAUCUCGGUUCUGAUCCCCGUGUCCGGCGUCUUGGUUGGAGAUGUCGUUCACCUCGAGCCCGGCGAUGUGAUACCAGCCGAUGGUGUUUUGAUCAAUGGCUUCAGCGUCAUGUGUGACGAGUCUUCGGCGACUGGAGAAGGGGAGCUUGUCCACAAGGUUCCAGGCGACGAAGCAUUCGGCGAGGUGCAUAGCAAUCAGGAGGCUUGGGACCCGGCCGUCUUCCGCCAUGACCCCUUUGUUCUUUCAGGAACAAAGGUCCUCGACGGCGUCGGCACGUUCCUCGUCACAGCGACCGGGCUCAAUUCAACGUACGGCAAAGUUCUUGCGUCCUUGCAGGAUGAGCCCGAGCCCACCCCCCUGCAGGUCCGGCUUACAACUGUCGCCAAGUACAUCGCCUAUGGCGGCGGCGUGGUUGCUUUGGUUUUAUUCGCUACUCUGUUUAUUAAAUUCUUGGUGAAGCUGCCUCACAACGCAGAAACGCCGGCGGACAAGGGCAGAGAGUUCGUCGAUAUCGUCAUCAUCACUCUCACUGUGCUCGUCAUAGCCGUACCGGAGGGCCUUCCUCUCGCAGUGAUGCUGUCGCUGGCCUUUGCAUCUACGAGGAUGCUCAAGGAUAACAACCUUGUUCGCCACCUCAGAGCCUGCGAGACCAUGGGCAAUGUCACCAACAUCUGCUCCGACAAAACUGGCACGCUGACACAGAACCGAAUGAUGGUUGCGGCAUGCUCGAUCGGGUCUUGGGCAUCAGCAUUCACAGGCCCCGAGACGGCCAGCCUGGAACAAGUCGCAGACAGACUCGCCCCCGACGUCAAACGUAUACUCAGGCAAUCCAUUGCGAUAAACUCCGUGGCCUUUGAAGAACACCUUGGCAAGUCGUUUAUCGGGUCCAACACCGAAUCAGCUCUGCUAGACUUUGCCCGGCGCCACUUGGAUAUGCACCGGCCUGUUAAGUUGGAGCGAUUAGAAGGAGACAUCACUCAGCUGAUUCCCUUCAAUGCCACGCGGCAAUGCAUGGCAACAGUCAUCAGGCUACCUGGUUCCAAACACAAAUGCAGAGUCUUGGUCAAGGGCGCUUCAGAGGUUUUGCUAUCCAAGUGUUCCAAGGCCAUCCACAACGCCACGGAAGGCCAUCGAGUUACCCAACUCGGUGCGCAGACUCGACAGCAGUUGGCCGGCGACAUCGAGAGCUAUGCCAGCGGCGCGCUUCGAACCAUCUGUCUAGCGUAUCGGGACCUGGAGUUUCCGGGCGAUGGCGAAGCUGACAGCGUGAAGACGGAUUUCGGUCUUGAUGAACUUCUGCAAGAGCUGGUCUUUCUGGGAAUUUUCGGCAUCGAGGACCUCCUUCGGCCCGGUGUUCUGCAGGCUGUGGAAACAUGCCAAAAGGCUGGCGUCACCGUCCGCAUGGUCACGGGAGAUAAUAUCCAGACAGCCAUGGCCAUUGCAAGGCAGUGUGGUAUACUUGCCGAUGAUGAGAGCGAUGUCUGUAUGGAGGGCAUGCAGUUCAGGACGAUGAGUGACGAGGAACUGAGACGGGUUCUCCCCCAUCUCAAGGUCCUCGCCAGGUCGAGCCCCCGAGACAAACAGAAGCUUGUUACCCAGCUCCAAGGGGCCGGAGAAAUAGUCGCCGUCACUGGCGACGGAACAAACGACGCCGCCGCCCUCAGCACGGCGGACAUUAGCUUUUCAAUGGGCGGCACCACGGGGACUGAAGUUGCCCGGGAGGCGUCUUCUAUCGUCUUGAUGAACGACGAUUUCACGUGCAUCACCAAGGCAAUCAUGUGGGGCAGAGGUGUUACGGACUCGGUCCGGAAGUUCUUGCUGUUCCAGAUAACCAUCACCAUUACGUCGGUCCUGCUGACGUUCAUCUCGGCAAUUGCAGACCCAAACGAGCGAUCAGUCCUCACGCCUGUUCAACUCAUGUGGGUCAACCUAUUCCAAGACACUCUCGCUGCGCUUGCGCUCGCAACGGACGUCCCCAAGUCAAGACUCCUAGACCGGAAGCCCGAACCAAGAUUAGCGUCGCUAGUUACCGUGCCGAUGUGGGAGACGAUUAUAAGCCAGUCUAUCUACCAAUUAGCUGUAACGCUGGUGUUGUACUUCGGCGGAUCGAGUAUUCUGUCCUACCACACCGACGAGGAGGAACAGCAACUCCAGACCAUCGUGUUCAACACCUUUGUCUGGCUACAAGUCUUUAAUAUGUAUAAUAAUCGACAGCACGACAACACACUCAACGUGUUCGAGGGCGUUAUUCGAAAUAGGCUGUUCAUAGCAGUCAGCAGCAUCAUGAUCGGAGCGCAAGUCCUCAUCAUCUUCGUUGGUGGCGCAGCCUUCUCCGUGGUGCCACUCAAUGGUGCCCAAUGGGCCAUCUCGGAGGUACUUGGCUAG